GUACCACCACCUCAACAGGGCAUUAGUGUAUCUGGAAACCAUCCUUCAUCAGCUAUGUUUGGUGGUGGACCAGUCGGGGCAGGUGCUUUAAGUGAAGGUCAGCCCCAGAGCAUGCCUGUCAGUGGACACACUCAGGUCAGCGAACUGUGUAACUCUUCUGUCCCACUCCUCCAAGGACUUUCAGGCUCCCCCAGGCUCACCCCUCACCAGGAGGCGAGACCACCCUCACCUUCCACACAGCAGACAUUGUCCUACCAGGAGAGGGCCCUGGGAAUAGGAGGAGGUUCUGGUUCAGGGGGUGCCCAACCUGACCGGGCUCGUGGUCCAGGCAUACCCGGGCUUGACCCAGAUCUCACCGCCGGUAUACACAUUGUGAGCCCACGCCGACCAGACUAUAACACCCUCAUAGCAAGAAUCAACUCUUUCAGUGGAUGGCCCACCCACCUUGAUCAGAACCCCCCGAUGAUGGGGGGGGGGCGGAUUUGUCUAUGUUGGUAGGGAAUUUCCACACAACCGUCCGUCACCUAUGAUUGGUGGUGAGCCUGUCGGGGCAUGUGCUGUUACUGCAGGUCAGCCCGAGAGCAUGCCAGUCAGUGGAAAUACUCUGGUUAAGGAACUGUAUAGCUCUUUUGUCCAACUCCUCCAAGGAUGUUCAGGGUCCCCAGGGCUCCACCCUCAUCAACAUACCAUUAUAAUCCUACCUUCCACACAGAAUGCACUGGUCUACAAGCAAAGUGCCCAGGGAUUAGGAGGAGGUUCUGGCCCAGGGGUUGCCCCGCCUGACCGGGCUCGUGGUUCAGGCUUACCUGACCAAGAUCUCAACGCAGAAUCUCCGUACAACCGUCCGUCACCUAUGAUUGGUGGUGAGUCAGUCGGGGCAUGUGCUGUUACUGCAGACAAUGGAACACAGAUACGACAAGAGAAUGAAAAGCUUCUCAAAAAACUAACAUGCAAGAUAUGUAAGGAACGACAGGUGGACACUACACUACUGCCCUGUGGUCAUUUGGUCAUUUGUGACCGCUGCGCGAGUAGGCUUACAAUCGGACAAAAAUAAAAUGGUCCGUUAAGACUUUCAUGACCUGAUGUUGA